CGGCGCAUAAUAGUUUUACUCAUUACUUGCUCUAUACAGCUUUUCCCGUGGGAGAGGGCUAACAGUUGCAUGAGAGACCGGUUGUUUUAUUUUGCUGACAUCGAUGAUUGCCACCGCGUGUGCUGCUGCUACGGGUGUUGACAAUAAUGAUGAUGCUGGCUUGAGAGGAAGAGCAAUAAGCAGCAGCCGCUGCCACAACUUGUGCUGUAAUUGCGACAUUCCGAUCAAACUAGACUUUAUCGCCAUUGAAACAUUGUUCCAUAAACGCCGAACAGUGGAUUAACAAAGCCAGCCUGAUCGAUUAGUUAUUAGAGGCUUUCUAGGAUUGAUUCGUCCACACUGCCUGCAAGUGGCAAUAGUUCACACAUACGUUCUGUAUAAAGAUGGACAAUAACAAACACGCCGGCGCUCCCAUGGCACUCCAAUCACUACACACGGACACUGCAACACAACAACAGCUUGUGCUGUUUGCCCGCCCUAUCUGAUUCAAAUUUUCCAGCCUUCUUCAUUUCUCUCUCUGUAGACCCAUCAGCUGGGUGCCUUUAAGCGGGCGCGCGGCGAGCUCGAUACAUAUCGAGAUUUUUUGUACGUUUCUUACGUAAAUCAUGCACUUGUCGCACGUCGAAAUCUUCUCUCAGGCCUGAUCUGAAGAACAGACACGGCUCUACCAAAAACUAGCCGGCUUUUUCAAUCUUGACAAACUCGCCUGUCAAGUGAUGUAGCUGCUGCGAACCAGCCGCCAGUCUCUAGCACGACUCCCAACAACAAUCGCUACGGCGGGCAGCGAAAAAAUCCGGGAAAUUCUCCCUAAUCCGGUAAGUUCCACUGACGUUUUCACUCAGAGUCACUUCGGUCAGCACUCUGGAGUCCGUAGGUAAAUGCUCCAACGUAACACACUCCGAUUGGGCAACCUUGCCAUCGUAGCUCUCACCGGAGUUCCACUACAGUUAAGUCGGUUGCUGUACGUUGCGAAAUUAGCUACAAUUAUUGAGUUUCAUAUUUGGUUAGUGUCUUAACAAGCUAUUGAGGUGGUUCACAUUAUGCGCUCGGAAUGGUUAUCGCUUCAUUCGAAUAAAUCCAAUACACAUUUUAAAAUACUUGGCCCCGCACAAAUCCAAGAUGGCGGACGUUCUGUUCCAUUUUGGUGAUAAUUUUGAUGAGUUUUCCCACCAUUCCUAUAUAAAUUGAGACUAUCGACUACAACAAAUAGGCAAGUUGAUGUUAUACAACCACCAGCAAUAGUUUCUUGGUUUUGAUAUUAGCUAGUCUUGUCUGUACCGCAAAAUGUUCGCACUUCUGUGGGAUAAACCACAGCACUAUACGGUAUCUAUCCUGUCUCCCUCCUUACGUCUAUCGAACACUAGUAGCGCUGCGUAUGCGCAACUAACCUGAAAGCAACUACAGGAUCUCCGUAAUACAAGCAUUCGUCGAUAAUGUGUCGCAUACGAAUAUAUUACGGAAAAAGUUGAUGUUACAAUACAGACGCCUUAACAGAGUUCAACGUUUACUUUCGCAUGGAGCAGGUGUCUUAUGCCGCGAUGGAAGUAAAGAACGAGACACAAAGAGCACUUGAAUGGCAGUUAAAUGAACUGCAGAAAGAACUGCGCGACACCGGAAAUACUGAUGCCCCCAUGUCUGAGGCUAAGCUGUUGGCCGAAAAUCCCCCCUCAGAUAUAGACGGUGGGAACGGCCGUCACGAUCAUGACACCGGGGUCAAUAUUCUCGAUGAGGCGCUAAAAGAGAUAGCAGCGGAUACCAAACCUGAUAUGUCAGAUAUUAAAUCAGUGCUUCUUCAAACAAGUGGGCCUAUCGUAAGUGCAGUGUCAUGCGCGGAGGUAACUGUACCCACUCAAACGCUAAUAGCUUGCACCCCUCCUACACUUCCUUCCGAAAAUCCAGGAACAAUCAGAGUCGAGGUACCCAAAGUAUCGCUACCAUUCAAGAUCGAAUCGCCUCGAGCGACUAUCGUGGCAAAUGCUUGUGAUACUCGACAAAUAAGAGUUGAAAUACCAAAAACAGCGCUUCCAAAUAAGGUCGAGCAACCUUUGGCUGUCCUCACCAACGCUUCCAAUAGCUCUCAACAAAUAAAAGUUGAAUUGCCCAAGGUAUCUUUGCCCAUUAAAGUAGAUUCUUCUUUGGAUGUAGUAUCGAAUAACCCUGAUGGCGCACAGAUAAACAUCGAGCUACCGAAGCAGGCACAGGUUCCAAUCAAGAUCGAUCCUCCGCAUGGGGUCCUCACGGUGGAAGUUCCAAAAGUGGUUUCCGUUGUUUCGACUUCUUGUCCCAGUACUGCACCGACUGUUACAUCUGUAUCCAUACCUCAGGCUAUUACCCUAAAUUCUGUAGCGAGCUCGCCAUCUGUUCAAGGUGUCCAAGCUGUUCCAGCAGUUCAAGGAGUUCAAGGUGGGACUUACCGAUUAAAAACGAACGCGCCAUUGGGAAAUCCUGUGGUCGGAACUCCUCUUAUGGUGACUGGAGUUGUCAUUCCUAGAGCACCACUAUCUUCUAAUUUAAUUAGUUUUGUGGACGCGAUGGGAAACAUGCAGCUAGCGGCCGUGGCGUCUCCGCUAAUCAAUCCUGCAAUCCAGAUUCGUCCAGGGAUGGUGGUAAAUCCGGGAACUCCACUAGUAGUAAGACCUCCAGCUCCGCAGCUUGUGUCACCACCUGGCGCACUUGGCACCAUUGUGCCAGUUUCUACACUUUCUACCGUGCAACCGCCCAUCUUUAAAAGUACUGUAAGGGCGAUUUUGCCGAAUAAGACAACAGUUAAGACAAUUUAUCCCAUCAAGGGUAUGACGACCACAACCUUAAAUAGCGAGGCCAAGCCUAACGAUGCGCAGACGGUAGCAACUUCUCCAAGAGCUUUUACUCAGGCGCACGAUGAACCAGAGGAAAAGCUACCGUCUCUAGUACAACCACCACCCCCGCAAACAAUAAUGCAGCCUUCUAAAGAGUCUGUCUACCCAGAACCAAAAGUCGAAAAGCCUAAAAAUAACCCACCGCCGGUAGUUCUACCUGAUACAAAACUACCUGUAACUGAGGUCACACCGCCCAAUCAGCAGCAAACAAAUGAAGCUACUUCACUGGCAAAAGGACCAGACGAAGAGGAUAAAGCUAAUGACGUCAUUUUUAAGAUUAUGUCGGUAAGCAGUUCGCAAGGCACGAACAAAGCUGGCGACUUAGCCAAAACAAACCUUUUUAAUUUACUCAAAACUGAAACCAACGUAGUGAUAACCGCUCCAUCAAUACAUGUGCAGGAUAUCCUUGAGGAACUCAAGAAACAGUUCCCAGAUAAGAAAUUUGUUAUAAAUUAUAAUUCGUCGAAUACUGCUUCUAGCAACCUCAAGAAUCUUGUAACACAAGCUGCUGUAGGAAAGAGGGCUAUGAAAGCUUCGAUGUUGAAGCCUCAAGUUACGGAGAAAGCGCUGGCCAAGCGUGCUGCAGAAGAUGAUAAAACAGCUGCACCAUCAGCGAAAAGAAAGAGGACGCAGACGUUUAAGAAGGCUGCGCAAACAAGUAAAAAAGCGACUGCUUUAUCGUCAACCCCAAAGGCUACUCCGAAACGGAUGAAGACUGAGAAGACCCAUGAGGUACCUCCUGUACCGAAGCCAGCAGCCACAUACAGGUCCGCUAGGUUGCGAGGUGAGAAGGCACCCGAGCUGUUUUCGGGCAGAAGACGAAAAGAAGAGACACUUGCUGUGACACCCCAAAAGUUUUCAAAAGAACCCGGAACCGUACGACCGGUACGCGCUCGAGGAAGACCGCGAAAGGAUCGAAGUGCAGCUACUCAACCAAUGAAAAUGGCCGAACAGGCAAUUAUUAAUUCCAUUAGAGAUGUAGAAGUGAAGUUGGAUCACUUGCCUGAAGAAGUAGCGUUACAGGGGGGUUCCGUUCGAGUGGGCGAAGGAGUUGACGAGCUGAUGGGCGGUCCUGUUGGUGAGGGAGAAGAUUCUAUGGGCUCGUCGACAACCAGUGGAGGCUCUGGGGGUACCGGGUUUGGCUACAACUCAGAAAUUCGCGUAGGAGACGAGUUUCAGGCUGAAAUACCGUUUCUUCUCGAGGGAAAUCCGCCAAAGGACUAUUCAGAACACGCCGAUAUUAUCUACCACCCUGAUAAGGGUUUGUUAAAUGCUUGUCGUCCUGAAGGUUCACGGUUCUGUCAAGAUUUUCCAUUAUACGACUUCGUCGAUUGGAGCCACCAGGACAAAAAAAUGUUCAAACGCUAUCUAGGUACUUACAAAACCAAGUUCGGAAAGUACCUAGCCGUUCUACCCAACAAACGGUUGCUGGAUGUAAUUGAUCAUUACUACUCAACACACAGUCCGGCCAGGGAUUACGUCCUGCCCAAAAAGAGCAAGCACUAUUAUCUGGUCAGCAAAAGCAAGCAAAUGAUUGCCCCAAAAGGAGUUUUUGGAAUUUUAAAUGAAAAGCGAAAGGUCUUGCCAAACCGCCGGUUUUGCGCAAAUCCAAACAUUGUUUUGUACGAAGAUGCACUGCCGACGAGACGGCCAAAGGACACCGCUAUGAGAGAAAAAACGUCUACAAACAGUUUACCAGUUGCUAGUGUCGCAGCAGCUGGAGCAGCUAACGCCAGCGGUGCGGGCGGCAGCGGCACGAAUACUAGUAAAACAGCGAAAACAGAUGCAAACGGGAAACCUACAAAAGUUGUGAAGUUUGAGGAUAUUAUGAAGCCUCUUGCCGGUGGCGGAAAGCCCAACAAUGAAAAUAAUAAGUCCGAAAGAACUGACGCUACUGCCGCAUCAUCCGCUGAGAAUUCAGACAAUGAGAGUGUACCGAAUUCAGUAGAUGACUCACUAGACUACGCGAUGAGAAAAGCUCGACCACCGACUGAGGAUUUCGACGAUGAUGUUAAAGAGUGGAUUUCGAAAGAAAGCACUGCCGAAUUGCCAAUGAUCGACGAGAAUGUAGAAACGCUAAAAGAGAAAAUCGGUUCUCUGAAAAAGCUGUUUCAACGUAACAAGGCCGAAUUGGCCCAGAUGGACUGCGAGCAGAAACGGAUAGCUAAAACUGUUGAGCAGGUGACCAAGGCGAUAGGUAAAGCUCGUAAAAUCACAGACGAGUGGACCAAAGAGGACAGGUUAUUGACAAUUCAAGCCUUUAAAAGUUUUGGCAAAGACUUCAAGGCUGUCAGUAAACUUGUCGGAACUAAGAGUGAACACGCAGUUAAGCAAUUCUACGAAACUAAUAGUCAACGCUAUGGCCUCGAUCAGCCGAUCGUCCCUUCAGCCGAGACUCCAGCAGUCGUGACCCCGACGGGAAGCAGUAGUCCACUAAAAUCUGGACCUGAUUCUCCUGUGCGAGGCCCGCGGCCCAUGCCUUCGAUUCUGCGCAGAAAGAUCUCUAUCAAACCUCUUAACGUAUGAGGCAAGCAAAUUUGCUACCGAGAACAUUAGCGCAAUUAAAGAUGUUCUGCAACAACACGCAAGCAGCGACAAAUAAUAGGAAGCUCCGGUGUUCCAUACCAAAGCACAAUUAAGUAAAUGAAUGAAACUGGGUUCGGUCAUUUUCAUCGCGUACGCUACGCACAAAAGCAUAGUCUGGUUCGGAUCCGUUUCACUUUCUAUGCCAAUAACAAGACUAUCUCAUUUCGUUUCACGUCCUCCACCUUGAUCCUUCUUACAGAAAUAAUGCCUCGACCUAACACUAUCGUUGUUUGCAUACAUGCUAACGGUAUUUGUAAACAAGAGCUAACUUAAAUUAGGUUAGGAGAAUAGCCGCGCUUAUAACAGCAGCUUUGCUUGUUUUUCUAAUUUUCGUAGUAUAAUGGAACCCGAGAUUUGCACAACUUGAAGUUCGAAAAGAUAGAAAUAAUGUUGAACACUUCUUUUAUUCGAUGUCCCAUUAUCGUCCCAUUUUUGUGUCAAACCUUUGUGUGACGUUCCGUCCAUGAAAGCUUCCCUGAUCGCUAAUUUGUUAGCGUAUGUAUUUGUUUGCUAAUUUUCAUCCAGUUAUGCUAACUAGCAGACCUUGUUGCUAAAUUUUCUUUAUUAACAAGCAAGCGGUUUCUGCAAGCACGCCUGGUAGCGUAUUGCGAAAUUUUGAAAAACCGUUGAAGUUUUGUACGAUAAGUAAGACGUUUUCUGCUGCCGAGCUCAAUCACGAGUUGUUUAGGAUGAGCAUUGUCAAUAGCCUACCAAAGUCGUGUUUAUAUCAAACAAAAAUAACAAAGGGCAAGCUUGUACAAUAAUCCAAUCUGAUUUAAAUCUCCUCUCAAAAAGGGUGGACAUUUAUUUGCGAAGGGGUCUGCCUAUCUCAGUUUAGGUAGUGGUUAGUUAUUGCAAUCGGAUGCAAAACUCCAGACUCUGUUUAACAGAAUCAGGGCGGAUGACACAUCCAUGGUUCUAUUAACGAGAAAGGCCCUAGCCUUAGGGCGUAGCACGUGUUUCGCAUGUCAAGAAGCAGCUGAAUUGAACGGUGCCAGUAUUGCCAUUGGAGCAUCAUUUGUCCAUUAUAAUGAUUGUAGCAUGUACGAAUUAACAGGAACGAAAGAACAAUAGAAAAGAGCUGGUGUUAUAUAUAUAUAUCUAUAUAUAUAUAUAUAUAUAUAUAUAUAUAUAUAUAUAUGCAUUUAUAAGUACACCUAUCAUUAGCUAAUAACAGCAAGUAACACAGAUUUUUAUUAUAACCUUACGACUAUUCGAUGUCAUGUCGAAAUGAGUUGCUACCGCGUUACUGAGGGAAUAAGAGGUAACUAACUCGACCCGGAGAUCGCUUGCUCAAAAUCAAGAGGCAGAAGGGAGUUACUAGGUUAACGAUAGCAUUAUAUAUGUUAUUAUUUUCCGUACAGAGUGUAAUUGAUUAUUUAUUCUCUAUUUACAAUGAGUCGCGGAUAUUUUCAUAUAGAGACACUAUGGAUAACUAUAAUCUAUCACUAGUACUAAACUGUAGCACCAAGUAAAAGCUAGUAAAAACUUGUGACUUGGAAGAUAUUUCAACCGCGAGCAUCCAGACAAAGAGCUAAAAGGAAAAUUAUAGGAUGAUUGUUAUUUGUGUUCUGAUUUGUUCCUACAGCGAGACAAAUUCUGGUUGAAAGUAGGUAGGAAACUGAAAUAUCUCUGCACAACAGAGAUAUUUCAGUUUCAGUGCGGAUAGAUUAAUGAAAUUAGAGGAGAAAAGCGAAGCCAUAUUACCCUCGCCCUUUAUGAUGUCAACACUCUGACUGGUGACAUUUGAUUAUAUCAUCGCAAUAAUUCGCAGUGUUGUCCAUGGUCGGUCUGGAGCCCUGUUGCUCGAGAGAAUGACGAGCCUAUUUAUAAACAUUAACACAAUUAACAAGGAAGCUGAAUAAUCCGCGCGUUUGUCAUAGGUUAUUAGUUUGGCAGUGUUUUGUUUGCGAAUUUGAGGAGAGUGCAAUUUAGAUGACGUGUUAGUGUUUGUUGUCAUUUUGUAUCCCUUUCGUCAUUUUCUGUCUGUUCGACCUUAAUAUCCGUCAGCGUUUUUCGAUCUAUGCGGAAAACGCUAUUAACGAUAACUAAAGGUGUCUAUUCUUGGACUUGAAUGGUCAGUGCGACGGCGUGAGCAGCAGCCUACUAAAAAAAAAAAGCAACGGUUUGAAUUACUGGACGGAGAACGGAGUGGUCUUUGUUGUCCAUUUUGGUAUUGACCGGUGUGGGAGAGAUACGAACUUUAUAAUAAUUUGAAUUUUCGAUUGGUGCGUUGUUGAUGACGUAACUAACUAUGUUGUCAAUAUCUCCUGGAUCCCCAUUCUAUUGGCAUCUUUGCUUCAUUCAAAAACUCUGAUAAUAUAGUAUUGGUGCCAUAAAGAUCGCAGUACUUAUCUACUGACAAACGUCUAGCUUUCCAUUUCACGAGUUGUAUCACAUAAGCUUUCGCUUUCCGUGAGCUUUGUCAAGAUGGAUAAAUCUUUAGUUAGUUAGGGAAAAAUGCUACCUCCUUGCCAUUUCAGCGUAAAGAGUCCUUUAGAGUAUCUUUUAUCGCGUUUUGGUUAUCACCUUUGAGCGACGCUGAAUCUGCUCAUCGGGACAUUUUGACACUUUUUUGCUGGCAUUGUUCUGCGGGUGAAGCAAUUUCUCUGGGUAUGCAUGAUCUUGACAACCGACUGUUUUAGACUCGUAUGGCUAUAUAUCGAGCACCGAUGCAAAAGCGAAAGGGAAUAUUUAUCUGUGUACAUAAAUUGUAGGUACAAGUAGAGAUGUGGAACACAGCAAAAAAAUCAGGAUAGGGAUAAGCUCCAAUUGUUCCGUAUUGGAAUACGGCAUGUCGGUAGCAAAGAAACAAAAAUAAACUGAAUCCCAGUCUCUAUAUAUGUGUACUCACAUAUAUAUAGGCAUAUAUAUAUAUAUAUAUAUAUAAUUUAACAACUAUCUAGGCAUACCGCUAUUACGAAGAUGUGUACAUACCUUUGUAAAUCACACAUAAAUAAAAUAUGUCUUUUAUAAACAG